AUGCCAAAUCUAAUGUGCCUCAAACUCCGAGAGCUUGCUAUCCCAGCAGUAGUGAUACGAGGAGCAGCCGUUUGGCUUAACUGUACAUACGAUUUGGAAAACGAAAAACUAUAUUCAAUUAAAUGGCAUAAGAACAAUGUGGAAUUCUACAGAUAUCUGCCAGAGGACAAACCUCCAGGACAAUUGUACGAACUCCAGGGAAUACACAUUGACCUGAGACGCACUGACCGAGGGAAUUUAUUUAUGCCUUUCACAGAAGUGUCCUCGGAAGGUAUUUACAGAUGCGAAGUAUCAACAGACGCUCCUACAUUCCAAACCGUUAAGGGAGAGCGAGAAAUGAGGAUAUACGUGAAUCCAAGUUCAAAGCCUAGAAUAUUUGGCAAGAAGGGUUAUUAUUCUCCUGGUAACCUUGUGAAUGUGACCUGUGUUUCGGCCCCAUCAAGACCGGCUGCAUUUCUGAAAUGGUGGAUCAACGGAGUUGAGGCUAGGUCUCAUCAGUUGACUAGACCUCUGCCAGACGAAUCUUAUGAUGGUUUGUAUAUUUCAAAAUUAAGAUUGACCUUUGAAGCAAGGCCAAGCCAUUUCUUCCAGGGCAGAAUGAAGGUGCAGUGUGAAGCGAUAAUAUCUCAAGCUCAUACCCUUCGCAGUGAAGAAAUCAUCAUUUCAUCAAAUAGUAGGGCGACAACUGCUACUGCAGCAUACGAUCAGCAGAAAGACGGACCCAGCAUUAAAGGCGGGAAACGCACCUACCGAGUUGGUGAUAAUGUCAACCUCAACUGCACUGCAGCCAAAUCGCAGCCACCUGCGGAACUGCACUGGUACAUCAACGACAAAGAAGCACGCCUUGACUACUUAAUUCCCCGAGAACCAAUAGUUUACCACGACGGCGAAGAAUCCACAGUACUAGGGCUACGGUUCGAGGUUCGGCAGAGGCAUUUUCAGAAGCAGGAAAUGAGGCUUCGCUGCACGGCAACUUUAUCGGAGGUGAAGAGGAUGACAAGUGAACCGCUGGAAGUUAUACUGUCAGAGCAACAAAAAUCGGAUCUGCAUGUCGACUUGUUCAAUGCCGCAGCAGUUUCAAGCAAAAGCACUUGGAAUCCAAAGACUAUUAGACCCCUUUGGAGUCUGUUUAUCCUCCUUGUUUCAAGGACUUUUUUGUAAAUUAUCGCGAUAAGAAGCUGGAAAAAACACUUAAGCAAAGCCAUUGUCUUUCAUCGUUGCUCGUGAAGACUUGACUU